AUGGAAAAGGUGGUUCUGCCCAACGGUGAAGAGCGUGAGAUCGAAAUCAAGAACGCGCUAUAUGUUCCAAGUAUGAGCAAGAACCUGCUCUCGGUACCACAGAUUAACAGCCAUGGCAAGUUUCAAGUCGUGUUUGACGGGUCCAAGAUGUAUGUGACUCUCAAGAGCUCACAGCAAGUGGUGGCGACAGCGGAUCUCGUGGAUGGACUCUACUGGCUUCGGACGACUCAACGAUCAGCGAAUGUGACAACAAGUGGAACCAGUUGUGCCGAUCUACAUGCGAGAAUGGGUCAUGCUCCAGUCGAUGUACUUCGCAAGAUGAUCGCGACCAACAUGAUCAAGGAUGUGCGAGUCCUUCUUGUUGAAAAGACAGCGGCUGUGAAGAAGACACCUCGUCAAGCUGCGUCAAGUGUUGAAGCAAGUGGAAGACCAAGCUUCGCUAUACCGGUGGGUACUGGUAUGUACCAGUAA